GCCCGCCACCGCCGCACUGGGCGGCUUGCUGCUGGGCCUCGCCACCGCGGGGAAGCUCCUGCUGACCGGACGCGUGCUGGGCAUCUCGGGAGCAGUCAAGGGCCUGACCGCGGGCGAUCCAGCGCCCUGGCGCUUCGCCUUCCUCAUGGGCCUUUCGCUGGGAGCAGUUGCCAUGACCGGCAUGCUACCAAGCGCCUUCGAGACCCUACCUGCGUCCUUUCCGGUGUGGCGUGCCGCCCUCGCCGGCCUUCUCGUGGGUGUGGGCAGCUCCAUGGGUAACGGCUGCACCAGCGGCCACGGCAUCUGCG